UGUGAGGACCAUGGCCACAUUUUCCACUCCAUUGUGGUUUUUGAGGUGCGUGUAGGAUCAUUGUCAUCGUGUUGAAGCCAUCCUCUUUGUAGUCAAAGUGGGAUUUUGGAACUUGGAAUAAUUACUCACAGUUGAUCAAAGUUGUCUCCACUUCAGUAAUGAUUUUAGAUGCUUCUUUUGUGUUUUAGGAGCAAAUGUCUAUUUUUAUUUGCAAUAGCUGGGACGGAGGUACCAGCUUGUCUACGUGUUCUGUGGUCAAACCAAUAGAGUUUGUCGUCGGUACAAAGUGGACGUAUUCCACAGACAGAGCAGCAAGUGUCAAAGUGUCAGAGCUGGAUCUGAAGAUGGGACACUCUUUCCUGUGUGUGCUGUUGUUUCACUUUGUGAAUACACUCCUCUACUAUGGACACGCUCAAGAUGCUGUACUGACGACUGACCCCAACUGCUCCAGUUAUUUUGUCGGAGAGUCUGUUACCUUCAUAUGUGACAUGAACGAAGGAGAAGAUGCUGAGUGGGAAUACAAGAUCAACAAGGAUGGACGAACACAUGUUCAGUACAACACACACAAACGCUACACAUUUGGACCUCUGUCUACAGAUGACAGUGGUGAAUAUCAGUGUGUUGGUCGCAGGAAGAGCUCAUAUGAAACAAAGAACAGUAACACUGUCUCUUUAAGUGUUUCAGCAGUUAGACCCAGGGCCACACUGACAGCAGGUCCAACAACCAUAUCAGUAGGAGGCAGUGUGACACUGACCUGCUCUGUGCAGAACUCUGAUGGAUGGAAAUAUUACUGGUACAGACGUACUCAGGUAACCUCUGCAGUUCCAGUGGAUCCAGUUAGAGUAGAUGAUGAACAAAACAGAGUUAUCAGGGUAUCACAAGGAGGCAUCUACCGGUGUUCAGGAGGAAGAGGAAAACCAGUUUACUACACUAUUUCAAGUUAUGACAUCACCAUUGUGAUAACCUUUUCCAAUGAGGCUGUUCUAACACAACAACCACACUGGCCUCAGUUAUUCAGUGGUGAAACAAUCACUCUGACAUGUGAGGUCCAUGGAGGUGGAACCACUGAGUGGAUGUAUGAAUGGAAAGGACCCAUGUUGGAUGUGCAAUGGACAUACAAUAAUUACCAGACAUUCAGUGUUUCUGAGUCCAGCAGUGGAGACUACAUGUGUAGAAGCAGACCCAGAGAUGACUCCUAUUCUUCAACUCAGUGGAGUAAAGCCGUCACAUUGUCAGUAUCAGGUAAACCAAAGGCCCUGAUAAAUGCUGACGUCAGAGAGAUUCCAGUAGGAGGCAGCGUGACCCUGAUCUGCUCAGUGAACCCAUCAUCUGGAUGGAAAUAUUACUGGUACAGAGAUGAGACAUCCUCUGAAGCUCUGACCACUAAAGAUGCUGUUUUCCAAUCAAAUGGACAAAUCAGAGUGUCACAGGAAGGAGUGUACUGGUGCAGAGGAGGAAGAGGAAACCCUGUUUACCACACAGAGUUCAGCGAUCCAGUCACAAUCAAUAAAAAAGAAGCCAAAGCUGUCCUCACUGUGUCUCCAUCAUGGCUGAGUCCUGGAGCCUCAGUAACUCUGAGCUGUCAGGUUGAACAUCCGUCUGCAGGAUGGAGGUUCUACUGGUAUAAGGCUGUUCCUGAUCUAUCAGACAACUCCUACAGUUAUGAGCUGCUGCCUGGUAGCAGCAACGGGACUGAAGAAGAUUCCUACAUUGUUGAUGGACAGACACAGACAGCAGGAUAUGCAUGUAGAGCUGGAAGAGGAGACCCAGUGCAUUACACUGAUGACAGUGAACCUCAGUUUGUCUGGUCUGGAG